GAAAGAGGAAAAUGGCAGACGAAGGCAAACAACAAGAGAAGAUGAUCCUAAAUAUUGAAGAAUGUGAACUCUCGAUUAAAGGCGAAAAUGAUGAUUCGGCUCAAGAAGUUGAAGAGGAAGUUGCAAUGGAGCUUGAAAGCACUAAAACGGACAGUACUGAAGAACAUGUCAAUUCUAAAGGAAAAUCGAUCAUGAAUGAUGAAAAUUAUGAAAUCACUGAAAAGGACAGUGUUGAACAUGCCAAUUAUAAAGGAAAAUCGAUCAUGAAUGAUCAAAAAUAUGAAAGGCGGAGUAAAUUUCAAGAAGAAAGAAAAAAGUUCAUGGAGAUUCUGUCUUCCGGGGACAAAUGCUCUCCAUCACCCAUAAAACUAGAGAUUCCAAGUCAGAGACUCCCCAUGGACCCAAGCAAGAUGAUGUUGUUGAAAGCCCCGAAAGUAUUCGAUAUUCAGCCGAGACAGUUUGAUCCUGAGACACAUGUUGAAGAAGAAGAAGAAGAAGAACAAAUGGUUGACGCUGCUGAGGAGGAUGCUAAUCUGAAGAAACCUUCAUUUUUACCAAAGAGUGUUGUUCGUUGGAGGGAAGUCCAGAAUGAAGACGGCACAAUCACUAGAGAAAGUAAUGCACGAUUUAUAAGGUGGUCUGAUGGAAGUCUGCAGCUACAAAUUGGAGACGAAUAUUUUGAUGUAACAGAACAAGACAUACAAAAUGAAAACAACCAUCUCUUUCUGCGUCAUGAUGAACUGAGAAUCCUGGAAUCACAAGGACAGAUUCAAAAGAAGCUACUUGUACGGCCAUCAUCUUUAUCUUCUGCUUCUCAUAACUCAUUAGUUGCUCAAAUAGACUCUCAACAACCCAAGAGUCCCAAGGUUAAGAGCUGUCCCACAGAAAUUGAUCCAGAAUGGGUGAUGAUGCAAGAGGCUAAAAAGGCUGAGGAGAAGAAGGUCCAAGAAAAAGAAGAACCUCCAAAAAAGAAGAAGAAAACCAAAGGAACAACAUCAAAAGAAGAAAAAAGUAAAGAGCAUGUGCCGGUUACAUCCACAUUGGCCUUUUGGAGUGAACAAUAUCCACAAACAACAAUGCCAACUUCAAAUGAGGCAGAAAAACAAAGUGAACAACUACAGCAGCAAUCAAAUUCAGUACAGAAUGGAGUUGAACCUAUUGAUGGAGCUGGGGAUGAGGCAAUGGCAGAGGGUGACAUUGGCGAUGAAAUGACCACUGCGAUGGAAUAG